CGCUGCCUGUUUGUCAUCCUGCUCAUGGCGGUGUACUGGUGCACGGAGGCCCUGCCCCUCUCAGUGACAGCCCUGUUGCCCAUCAUCCUCUUCCCUUUCUUGGGCAUCCUGCCCUCCAACAAGGUCUGCCCCCAGUACUUCCUGGACACCAACUUCCUCUUCCUCAGCGGUCUGAUCAUGGCCAGCGCCAUUGAGGAAUGGAACCUGCACCGGAGAAUCGCCCUCAAGGUCCUGAUGCUCGUUGGGGUCCAGCCAACCAGGCUCAUCCUGGGGAUGAUGGUGACCACCUCCUUCCUGUCCAUGUGGCUAAGCAACACCGCCUCCACUGCCAUGAUGCUGCCCAUCGCCAGCGCCGUCCUGAAAAGUCUCUUUGGCCAGGAGACUCGGAAGGACCUCGGCCAGCAGAGCGAAGAGAACGCAGCUGCUGUGCGGAGAAACGGGCUGCACGCGGUGCCCACGGAGGUGCAGUUUCUUGCUGGCACGGAAGACAAAGACUGCCCUGAGGCGGAGGCUUCCUUGGACUGCAAGAAGGAGGGGGAAUACCACAGGAACAUCUGGAAGGGUUUCCUUAUCUCCAUUCCCUACUCAGCCAGCAUUGGGGGCACUGCCACCCUCACGGGCACGGCCCCCAACCUCAUCCUGCUUGGCCAGCUCAAAAGUUUCUUCCCACAGUGCGAUGUGGUGAAUUUUGGCUCCUGGUUCAUUUUUGCCUUCCCUCUCAUGCUGCUGUUCCUGCUGGCGGGCUGGCUGUGGAUCUCCUUCCUGUAUGGGGGAAUGACCCUGAGGGGCUGGAGGAGGAAGAAGAAAUCCGAGAUCAAGACGGAUGCAGAAGAUAGAGCUCGAGCAGUGAUUCGGGAAGAAUUCCAGAACCUGGGGCCCAUCAAGUUUGCCGAGCAGGCCGUGUUCACCCUCUUCUGCAUGUUCGCCAUCCUCCUCUUCUCCCGGGAUCCGAAGUUCAUCCCUGGCUGGGCCAGCUUCUUCACCCCUGGGUUUCUUUCCGAUGCUGUCACUGGAGUGGCCAUUGUCACCGUCUUGUUCUUCUUCCCGUCCCAAAGGCCCUCUCUCAAGUGGUGGUUUGACUUUAAAGCUUCUAACGCGGAGACAGAGCCCUUGCUGACGUGGAAGAAGGUCCAGGACACGGUGCCCUGGAACAUCAUCCUUCUCCUGGGAGGGGGCUUCGCCAUGGCCAAAGGCUGCGAGGCCAUCCGCCUGAGGGUGCACCCCCUCUACUUGAUGGUCCCCGGCACAGUCAGCUGCUCCUAUGCCUUCAUGCUCCCGGUCUCGACGCCCCCCAACUCGAUUGCCUUCGCCUCUGGACACUUGCUGGUCAAAGACAUGGUGCGGACAGGCCUCCUGAUGAACCUGAUGGGCGUCCUGCUGCUCAGCUUGGCCAUGAAUACUUGGGCACAGACCAUCUUCCAGCUGGGCACCUUUCCGGAUUGGGCCGACAUCCACUCAGCCAACAUCACAUCACUGCCGUCCGCCUUGCCCAACGACACAUUUCGGACCCUUUGA